ACCGUCGUAUUAAAGUCUCCAAGUCAACAACGCCGCACGCGGUUAAAAGUUAAACCGUCCUUGAAAUACAACACGUGUCAUCUUAUUACUAGAUCCUUCUGAUUUUCUUAUUUUCCACCGCUAACCAAAUCUGAAUCUCAAACCUAAUAAAAACUCCAAUUUCAUUCUUAAUUCUUAAUUUUUAUUUUUAUUUUUCUCUGCUCAAAACUCAAAAACCCAGGAAUCAAAAAAAAUGUUAGAGCAGUUACUGAUUUUCACGCGAGGAGGUUUAAUUCUGUGGUCAUGCAAAGAAUUAGGCAACGCUCUGAAGGGUUCACCGAUCGAUACAUUGAUUCGAUCGUGUCUUCUCGAGGAGCGAUCCGGUGCGGCUUCGUACAACUACGACGCACCUGGAGCUUCGUAUUCGCUGAAGUGGAUCUUCCACAACGAUCUCGGAUUGGUUUUCGUUGCGGUUUAUCAGCGGAUUUUGCAUCUGUUGUAUGUUGAUGAUUUGCUUGCUGCUGUUAAGAGGGAAUUCUCGCAGGUUUAUGAUCCGACGCGGACGGUGUAUCGGGAUUUUGAUGAGGUUUUUAAGCAGCUGAAGAUUGAAGCGGAGGCGCGCGCGGAGGAGUUGAAGAAAUCGAAUUCGAAUCCGGUGGUUGUGAAUGGGAAUCGGAAGCAGACUGUUACAUGGAAGGGAGAUGGAUCUGAUGGGAAGAAGAAUGGUGGUGGUGGAGGUGGUGGUUUGAAGAAUGAUGGUGAUGGGAAAAACGGGAUUAAAUCUGAGAGUGACCGUGACCGUUUUGUUGUUGCGAAUGGUAAUAAUAAUAACGGUUCUAACUUGAAGAGUAACGGUGGUAAUGGUAAUGUUAGUGUAAAUGGUAAUGGUAAUGGUAAAGAUAAUGAUAGUUUGAAUAAUGGAGCUUUUGAUGUAAAUAGGCUCCAGAAGAAGGUUAGGAACAAAGGUGGGAAUGGGAAGAAAACUGACAGUGGUGUAACUAAGGCUGAGCCUAAAAAAUUGGUUAAGAAAAAUAGGGUUUGGGAUGAAAAACCCAAGGAGACAAAGUUGGAUUUUACUGAUCAUGUUGAUGUUGAUCGGGAUGCGGAUGUGGAUAGGAAAGUUGAUUAUUUGGCUAAGGAACAAGGGGAGAGUAUGAUGGAUAAAGAUGAAGUUUUUAGUAGUGACAGUGAGGAUGAAGAGGAGGAGGGUGAUGAUGCUGGGAAAAAUAGCAAUAAGCCUGAUGCUAAAAAGAAGGGGUGGUUUUCAUCUAUGUUUCAGAGUAUUGCUGGGAAGGCCAAUUUGGAGAAGUCAGAUUUGGAACCAGCUUUGAAAGCUCUGAAGGAUAGACUCAUGACCAAGAAUGUGGCUGAGGAAAUAGCUGAGAAGCUAUGUGAAUCUGUGGCAGCAAGUCUUGAAGGCAAAAAACUGGCUUCAUUUACAAGGAUAUCUUCGACAGUGCAGACUGCAAUGGAAGAAGCACUUGUUCGUAUUUUAACUCCCAGGCGUUCUAUUGACAUAUUGAGGGAUGUUCAUGCUGCCAAAGAGCAAAGGAAACCUUAUGUUGUUGUAUUUGUUGGAGUUAAUGGAGUUGGAAAAUCUACUAAUCUUGCUAAGGUUGCUUACUGGCUUCAGCAACACAACGUUAAUGUCAUGAUGGCUGCUUGUGAUACAUUUCGAUCAGGAGCUGUUGAGCAGUUGCGGACUCAUGCUCGGAGACUUCAGAUCCCUAUAUUUGAGAAGGGUUAUGAAAAAGAUCCUGCUGUUGUGGCAAAAGAAGCAAUUCAGGAAGCUUCUCGUAAUGGUUCGGAUGUGGUUCUAGUUGAUACAGCUGGUCGUAUGCAGGAUAAUGAACCAUUGAUGAGAGCACUGUCAAAGCUGAUCUACCUCAACAAUCCUGACCUGGUCUUAUUUGUUGGAGAAGCACUGGUUGGCAAUGAUGCAGUUGAUCAGCUUUCAAAGUUCAACCAGAAACUGGCUGAUCUCGCCUCUUCUCCUACACCCAGAUUGAUCGAUGGGAUCUUGCUCACAAAGUUUGACACUAUUGAUGAUAAGGUGGGAGCUGCACUGUCAAUGGUUUACAUAUCUGGAGCUCCAGUCAUGUUUGUGGGAUGCGGACAGUCUUAUACCGACCUAAAGAAACUCAACGUCAAGUCCAUUGUGAAGACGCUCCUCAAAUAAGGAACAAGCUAUUUUAUUUUCAGUUGCAAGACUCUUCUCUUCUUCACCUGUGACCUGUCAUGAAAGUUUUCAGUUUGCAAUUAUCUUGAUGAUCCUUGUUAAUCUUAUUACUCUGUAGGCCAAACUAUGCACUUUGGUUUGUUUAUUUUGGAAACUUUUCGUCCCCCUUUAUCUAUUUUGGAUAACUUUUACAGCAUGUCUCUUCUAUAAACAUCGUAAUGUUAUAUUUGGUAGAUUGCUUCACAAAUAAAAAGGAUAAAAAUAA